AUGAGAUUCUGCGCUCUAGUGUUGAAUGAUGGGAGCUCCACUUUCCAAACUUUGCUUCUUCCCUCCUUUGACACUAUUUUUCGUAACUUCGGACUUGCCAUUGUUUCUUCCUUGGCUUCUUGCCAUAUAAUAAUGGAACGGUUCCUAAGGCUCGGAGGGUUGGGAGGUGGACUAGGGCAGUUUGGUGGAGGCCCUCCAUCAGAUUCAAAUCAAGUAGACACUUCGGAAACUGUUUACAUAUCUUCUCUUGCGCUGCUGAAGAUGCUCAAACACGGAAGAGCUGGAGUGCCAAUGGAGGUAAUGGGUCUGAUGUUGGGGGAGUUUGUGGACGAGUACACUGUGAAUGUAAUAGAUGUUUUCGCGAUGCCGCAGUCUGGAACAGGAGUAUCUGUAGAAGCUGUAGAUCCGGUAUUUCAAGCAAAAAUGCUCGACAUGUUGAAACAAACAGGGCGACCUGAAAUGGUUGUUGGAUGGUACCAUUCUCAUCCUGGCUUUGGCUGCUGGCUAUCAGGAGUGGAUGUGAACACUCAGCAGUCUUUUGAAGCCCUCUCAGACCGAGCAGUAGCAGUGGUUGUAGAUCCUAUUCAAUCUGUUAAAGGAAAGGUUGUGAUAGAUGCGUUCCGUACCAUUAAUCCGCAGACAAUGGCACUGAAUCAAGAACCGCGCCAAACCACAAGCAACCUCGGUCAUUUGCAGAAGCCAAGCAUCCAGGCUCUAAUCCACGGCCUAAAUCGGCACUAUUACUCAAUCCCCAUUGCCUACCGAACGCAUGAUUUGGAACAAAAGAUGCUGUUAAAUCUGAACAAACAAUCUUGGAUGGACUCGUUAGCACUACAAAACUACACCAGUUGCAGUGAGAAAAACAAGGAGAGUAUGCAAGCGAUGCUGAAGCUUGCUAAGCUCUACAAGAAAGCAUUAGAGGACGAGGAAAAGAUGACUGAUGAGGAGCUUGCCAUUAAGAAUGUUGGAAAACAGGAUCCGAAAAGGCAUCUAGGAGAGGAGGUUACAAAAAUGUUGAGUGACAAUAUCGUCCAAAAUCUUGCUGGAAUGAUGGAUACGACGUCUUUUCAAUAA